GGAACCAGUUUUAGAAGAAAUUAAAUUGUAUUCGACUCAAAAUUACUUAGUUUGCCAAUAAAAUCUAACAAUACAUUCACAAAUACACAGUUACACACAUCGCUUAUUGACCAUUGAUUGGAAUAAUAUUACAAUAAUCAGAGAAAUAUCAGUUUCUGUAAAUGAAUUCUUGUAUGUUUUGGGGAUUUACGAAACGGUCGUUUAGAUCUCUCAGAGUCCUUAUUGUUCAGGAUUGGAUUUUUAGCUGACUCGUACUUGGUAGCAUUAGGACCAGGAUGGAUCACAGAGUAAUAACAAUUGGAUAUCUAUUUUUAGACAUAUUACCAAUUGUCUUGGGGACAUUGUAUGGCAUUUCUGAAGGUGUGUUUCAUCGUAAUCCAGAUGAAGUUAGAACCGGCAUACCGACAGCUAACAAGUGUCUUCUCGAGUGUCAAUUAGAUGACACGUGUCAAGCUGUGGCGUAUCAUGGUGACACAUUACAAUGCGAUUUUCAUAUUACACCUGCAUGUUUACUUGAUGAACCACAUGCAUAUAAUAUCUAUAGGCAGGAAGAAACACAUCAGUUAUGCCCAACUUACAUUGGCUGUUUUAUUGAUGCAACUAACACGAGGGACCUGUCAAACGUGCAGGGAUAUUUUCCAUCAUCACACGCUACCCCAAAUACAUUGGAGUUCUGUGAAUCAUUAUGUCGACCACAGGGAUUUCAGUAUAUUGGGUUACAAAAUGGUCAGGACUGUUGGUGUAGUAACAGUUAUGGUAACCAUGGCGAAGUCCCAGACUCGGAUUGCAACACGGCCUGCCCUGGUGAUCCUAAUACGAUGUGUGGAGGGGUGUUCAGGAACUCUAUUUAUAGAAUAAUUUAUUGACAAGAGCACAUUGGUUUUAUAAGAUGCAAUCGAUGUAUAUGCAUCAGAAAAUCAAUCCACAACACGUUCGACUUAAUAGUUAGUGGCAUCCAUCGUUUUAUAUUCAAACUCCAAUAAAGACCGUGGAGCGUCAUUGUUUAUAUGGGUAAGCAUUGAUCCAUAAGAGGGGUGACACCCUUUCAGUUGAAUCAUUUCCCAAAACAAUAAUCAUUGCCUGAAGUUCAAUAAUCGUAGAUAUCAAAUAUCAACAUAUUUGAUAUCAACUCGGCGAUGAAAUGAUAUCACUCAAAAU